UGUGGUUGUGGGCUGGGCUCUGACAGCUAGAGGCCCCAGAGAAACAUUCAGUCCUGAGCCUCCUGCUGAGAAUUUGAGGUGGCCCUUGCCCCCUGUGUUUGGUGGGCACUUGUGGGUCCCUCUGCUCAGCACCACCAACUUCUGAUGUUCUGCGAUGCCCACCCUCAAUUCUUCCUCCCCGUUGCCUACGUUCUUCUGGAUCAACAUGUCGGGAGGCAGCGUGCUGAGUGCUGAUGAUGCAGCCAUGCCUGUGGAAUUCCUCGCCCUGCGGAUCACAGUUGCCCUGGCCUAUGGGCUUGUGGGGGCGAUCGGCUUGCUUGGAAAUUUGGCUGUGCUCUGGGUCCUGGGGAACUGUAAUCGACGAGCUUCCAGCACCCCUUCAGACACCUUUGUCUUCAACCUGGCGCUGUCAGAUCUCGGGCUGGCCCUCACCCUCCCCUUCUGGGCAGCUGAGUCGGCAUUGGAUUUCCACUGGCCCUUUGGAAGUGCCCUCUGCAAGAUAGUUCUGACAGCCACUGUCCUCAACGUCUAUGCCAGCAUCUUCCUCAUUACAGCACUGAGUGUUGCCCGGUACUGGGUGGUGGCCAUGGCUGCAGGGCCAGGCAGUCAUUUCUCUCUCUUCUGGGCCCGUGUGGCCACCCUGGCAGUAUGGGUGGCAGCUGCCCUGGUGACAGCACCCACAGCUAUCUUUGGGGCUGAGGGUGAAGUGUGGGGCGUGCGCCUCUGCCUGCUGCGUUUCCCUAGCAAGUACUGGCUUGGGGCCUACCAGCUGCAGAGGGUGGUCCUAGCCUUUGUGGUCCCCUUAGGCAUCAUCACCACCAGCUACCUGCUGCUGUUGGCAUUUCUGCGGCAGAGGCAGCGACGGCGGCAAGACAGCAAAGUCAUAGCCCGCUCUGUCCGUAUCCUAGUGGCCUCCUUCUUCCUCUGUUGGUUCCCCAACCAUGUGGUCACCCUUUGGGGUAUCCUGGUGAAGUUUGACCUGGUGCCUUGGGACAGCACUUUCUACAUCAUCCAUACCUACGUUUUCCCCAUCACCACCUGCUUGGCUCAUGGCAACAGUUGCCUCAACCCUGUGCUCUACUGUCUACUACGACGGGAGCCCCGGCAGGCUCUGGCAGACACCUUCAGGGAUCUUCGAUCAAGGCUGUGGCCCCAGGGCCAGGGCUGGGUGGAACAAGUGGCCCUAAAGCAGGUAGGCAGGCGGUGGGUAGCAAGCAUCCCUCGGGAGAGUGGUCCUUCUACCAUGCUCAUGAGCAUGGACAAAGGGACACCUGGGUGAAGAGCACAAGCUAAACAACUCUCCUCUUCUGGGAUCUGCCAGGUGCAGGACCCACACAUCCUAGGGAGAGGCAGCCCCUCUGCAGAGCUGCAAUGUCCUCAGGGCAAGUCUGGCCCCAUGGAGUACCAACUCUGGGUAUGGUAGAACAGGAAAGGCAGGGCCCAGGUCAAGGCUGGAUAUGACACAGCUUAAAUCAUUAUUUGAAAUGGCAAAGAAUAGGAACUCAGAAUAAACCUCUAGAUCAUCCACAAAUUGUCUUGACCUUUUAUACCAGCACCACCCCCAGUGAAGUGUGGGAUAAUUUUCUGCCAUGUUUCUGCUAUAAGGGUUCCUAGGAACUUUUCCCUUAGGUGUCUAAUGGAUCAGAAGCAAGUGUCCAUCUCCCUGUUUGUCCUCCAUCAUCCUCACCCUCAAAUAGGGUGCCCCU